AUGCAAGCGUCGUCAGACUCCGCGGGGCCGCAGAUGCCGAGCAGCUCCUCCUUUAGCGGGUGUGCGUCGGUGGCUGGAGAAGCGGCGGCGCUGGAGCAGCUGCGCCACGCGCACUCCGCGAUGCAGCAGUACGUGGCAGCCGAGAUGGACGCCUACGCCGAGGACUGGAAGCUGCUGGGAAAGUGCAACGCGGCGCUGGGGGAGCGUUGCCAGGAGGUUUGGGCCUCGACGAAGGAUGCCGUGCGAGAGCUGGAAACGACGGCGGAGGCGAUCGAGCGGCUACUUCCUCCGCUUUCCGAGAUCGACACUAUUGAGGCGCAGCUAGCCACUCUAACGGAAGCGGUGAGCAGAAUCGACGAAUACAGCAAAAAUCUAGCAGAUCAUUUUGGCUGCACAUGA